AAAAAUAAUUUGUAGUUCGUUCAAGUUCAAUUCUAUUUAAAAAUUCAGAGUUCGACCCAUCACUUAUUAAAAUAAAUAAUUUACAAAUCGUCGUUGAUUGAUGGCCCGCAAAAUCAAAUAUUUAUUACUUGAAAAUCGCAAGUCUCAAAAAAUUAAAAUGUUUACUAAUCCAAAAUCAGCACCACCAGAUUCCUCGGGGACAGCGGGACACAUAGCUCGAAAGCGGGACAGUUCCGCCCAAAGCGGGAAGUAUGGUCACGUUAGUUAUGGACAAGUUAUUCAGCAUCAACCCAGUGCACAUCAAACAUCUUCUCAAGUGGUAGCUGCAGAUGGUUGGAUGCCUAUUCCUCAAGCUAUACCUCGAAACUGUCCAGAUGGACUCCAGUAUCUUUCAACAAUUGAUGAAUUACUAAUUAAACAGCAAGUGGGAAUUAUAGAAGCCUUAAUAGGGUUUGAGACCAAUAACAAGUAUGUAAUUAAAAAUAAUGCUGGUGAAAAAGUCUUUUAUGCUGUGGAAGAUAAUGAUUGUUGUACACGAAAUUGCUGGGGGUCAAUGCGACCAUUUGAAAUGAAAAUCUUGGAUAGCUAUAAAAAUGAAGUUAUUCAUUUAUCAAGGCCUUUAGCAUGUCAAAUUUGCCUUUUUCCUUGUUGCUUACAGAGAAUUGAAGUAUUUUCACCACCUGGGUGUUUGAUAGGAAUCGUUGAACAAGAUUGGUCAAUUUUAAAACCAAUAUUCACCAUUCGUAAUGCAGCUAAUGAAGAAGUAUUCAAAAUGAAAGGACCAAUAUGUGAAUAUAGUUGCUGUGGAGAAGAUAUUGAAUAUAAAAUAUUAUCUAAAGACAAAACCGCUGUAGUUGGCCGCAUAUCCAAAAAAUGGUCUGGGCUCUUAAGAGAAGUAUUUACUGAUGCCGAUUUUUUUGGUAUUAAUUUUCCUAUGGAUCUUGAUGUCCGUAUGAAAGCUGUUUUGCUAGGAGCUUGUUUUUUGAUAGAUCUCAUGUUCUUUGAAAAAUGAGAAAAUGCAUAAGAUGAUGGAAUUGGACUUUGUUAACUUGUUAUCUUCUAUCACAUAAUGUAUGAGCAUAAUU